AUGAUAGUAAGCUUAUUCGAUCAAUUUGUAAGCCCCACCCAUUUGGGAAUACCCCUUAUCGUCAUUGCAAUUACACUGCCCUGGGUACUUUACCCUACCCCAUCAUCACGAUGGAUUAACAACCGACUAAUUACAAUUCAAGGAUGAUUGAUCAAUCGAUUCACCAGCCAACUAAUGCUACCCCUAAACGUAGGAGGACACAAGUGAGCCCUCUUGCUAACCUCAUUAAUAGUAUUUUUGAUUACCAUCAACAUACUAGGCCUCCUCCCAUAUACUUUCACCCCUACCACCCAACUAUCCUUAAACAUGGGAUUUGCUGUACCCCUAUGGCUUGCAACGGUAAUUAUUGGCAUACGAAACCAACCAACGGUUGCCCUAGGACAUCUACUACCCGAAGGCACACCAAUCCCCCUGAUCCCCGUACUAAUCAUCAUCGAAACAAUUAGCCUAUUCAUCCGCCCACUAGCCCUAGGCGUGCGACUCACGGCAAACUUAACUGCGGGCCACCUGCUCAUUCAACUGAUCGCCACUGCCGUAUUUGUUUUGCUACCAAUGAUACCGACGGUGGCCAUUCUCACCGCCACUGUUUUAUUUCUCCUGACGCUACUAGAAGUGGCAGUGGCAAUAAUUCAAGCCUAUGUAUUUGUCCUUCUACUAAGCUUAUAUCUACAAGAAAACGUUUAA